AAUUAUUCAAUUACUUGACAAUGAUACGUCUCUCACCCUGUCCCUCCCCUUACAGACAACAACCAAUCAUCAACAAGAGGAAGUCACAGCUCGAGGGAAUUUACGCCUCCCUCAGGCAACCAGCAGUCCAACAGCAGAUACAACACCCAGCACUACAACCAGAGGACAUCCAACACCUUCCAGAGGAUCAGCUGACAACGAAGAAUUCAACAUUCCUGAUGUUGAAUUGCCCCCGGGAUGUUUGAAACGUAGACAUUUUAGCGCCCAAAUAGCAAUGAAGGCCCCCGGUCAGGCCAAAAGGUCGACAGCGACACCUCGGGUCACUAGGCCCCGAGCUGACCCCGGAAGUACCGAAACUCGCCCAGUUCAUCGUAGAUCCUCAGCGAGCGCGAUACAGGCAACCAGGAGGGAGCGCGCCUACCUCAGGGCGGCCAAUGCGUGGCUGCGGUGGGAGGACGAGGAGGGUGAAUCCCUAGAUGGCGAAAAUAUUUUCGCCAUCCAGGAAAAGGAAGGAGGAUCCAGGCGAAGGAUUGGCGAAAAUAUUUUCGCCAUCCAGGAAAAUAUUUUCGCCAAUCCUUCGCAAAUCCUGGAUGGCGAAAAUAUUUUCGCCAUCCAGGAUUUGCACGCCAGGGCCUCCAAAUGGCUGGCGGAUGCCGAGGACGAGGCUUACAUGGCCGGAGCUUGUUGGGAGGGAGGUGUCGGCCCGGACACCCCGAGAGCGCGGUGGGUCCGCGCUCUGAGGCGCGUGGCCUGGAGGCCGAGGGCGAGCAGACGCUUGCCUUAUACGACGUGGAGGAUGCCUGGAGUCUCAGGGUCCUCUUCGGGGACGAGCCCGCCCAGCCCGACCUGACCCAGGAGAAUUGGGACCUGGAGCAGUGGGACUGAGGCUACUGCCUCACCCCCUUUCCCAUUUAAUUUUAAAUUGAAAAAAUAAAUAAAAAAAUCUGUAUUUUCCAUUUUAAGUUUUUUACAAAUAAAAUGAAAUUUUUAAAUCAAUUUUUUCUUGUUUAUUUAUUUCCUUUAGUUUUAAAUUAGAACAGAGACUUAAGAAGAACAAAAAAAAAAAUUUUUAAUUCAAUUUGAAUAUUUUUAAAAAAUUUGUAUUUUAGUUUUAAGUUUUAUUAGAUAAAAA